AUGGCAUCGAGAGAUGGCUUUUCAUGGACCGAGGAGGAUGGUCUGAAGCCUGGAGUACCGUGUAUUGGCGCCAUUCAGCCUCCUAGCAACCUGACCUCUGCCCACGACGUUACUUACGACGUGAUUGUUGCAGGCGCUGGAUAUUGCGGACUUACUGCUGCAAGAGAUGCUGCUGUUGCAGGCCUGAAGGUACUCCUCCUCGAGGGACGCGAUCGAAUAGGUGGUCGGUCAUGGUCAUCUAACAUCGGAGGCUAUCCAUUUGAGAUGGGUGGGACAUGGGUUUUCUGGGGACAGCCGAAUGUGUGGCGCGAGAUAAUGCGAUACCAGAUGCAGGACGAAUUGGAGGUGUCUUACGACUUUUCCCGCGGGAUCAAUGAGUACCAUAUCUCCAAUGGGAGAACAACUCAGCGAUUCACCCACGACGAAGAGGUGCGUGGAUGGCCUCAACGAGCGAGGCGCUGUGCUGACGGUAUCCAGGAUAAAAUUGUUGAGUCAGGCCUUCGCAAACUCGUGAACGUCGACGGAGCGUACGGCAAGAACGUUAUACCUUUCAGCCACACCGGCAAGUUCUCUUCUGAGGCAAUAAAACUGGACAGCAUGUCGGUUGCCGAUCGUCUAGCCGAAAUUCAGGAUUCCCUGACGCCAAAUGAGCGUCUGGCAGUGGAAUCAUUUGUUCUGCUCUGCAGCGGAGGAACUCUCGAAACGACGAGCUUCUUCGAAUUUCUCCAUUGGUGGGCUUUGUGUGCCUACUCAUACGAGGGAUGCAUUGAUUAUCUUGUAAAGUACAAAUUUCGCGGCGGCCAAUCCAGUUUCGCCAUACGAUUCUUCCAGGAGGCCUUAGCCACGGGCAACCUCACUUACGCGUUCAACUCGCCAAUCGCCACAGUGAGAAACACGACUGCCGGAGUUGAAGUCACCACGAGACAAGCCGAAAGAUUCAAGGCGCGGAGGAUGAUCAGCGCCAUCCCCCUGAACGUGUUAAACAACGUUACCUUUGAUCCGCCCCUACCCCAGGGGAAACAGGCUGCUGCCAGCAUUGGGCACGUAAAUCAGUGCGUCAAGGUGCAUGCUGAGGUGCGUGACCGAGACCUAAGGUCUUACACAGGCAUCAGCUACCCGCACAAUGGACUCUUCUAUGCACUAGGGGACGGAGAGACUCCUUCCGGGAAUACUCAUAUCGUGGCUUUUGGUGGUCAGCACAACCAUUUCGAGCCGGAUGAAGACAUCGAGGCCACGAAGAAGGCUCUUCAGGGGCUGACUCCCAUGAACAUCGAGAGAAUUGUAUUCCACAACUGGUCCAAGGACGAAUUUGCAAAAGGCGCCUGGUUGGUUAUGAACUCUUCGUAUUUGAUUCAGCACUUGCGCUAA